GCACGGAGCGUCACCUUCUUGAACUAAAGAAAAUAUUCGAUAAAACUACACAUUUAUAACUUCUAGAAAUAUCUAUCGUGAUAUAUUUUCUACUUCUUAACUUUAUGUCUCUUAAAUUGCGCACCAAGAAGAUAUUUUAUUUUGUUUCAACACGAGAAGAGCUUCGAUUGUUUUUUUUUUACGGAUAGAAGAUUUCAGUGGAUUCCAGACGAGCUAAGAUGGCAAGCCUGUCCAAGAUAUUCAACGUGUCGACCGCCCAGCCUGCUGCAGUCUGAUCAACUGCAGCAAGGUUUCUUCACCAUCUGCGUGAACUUCGAGCAGCGCACACGGAUUACAGAUAAGCGUUCCUUCCCACACAAGGAGCCCAAAGGAAACUACUUUUGAAAUUUCUGUUUAUACCAUAAGGGACUUUUGCAUUUAUUUAUAGUUCAACAUUUUCUUUAAUACCUAAAAGGACUUUUUCUUACUUUCACAAAUUCACUGAACUGCACUGAUUGAAUUGAAUUGCACUUGCUCUUGAAGGGUGAUUGAUUGAUACUGGGAAAGUGUUUAUUUGUCAUUUUUACAAUUAUACUGCCUUACAUACACCACAUCCAUACAUCAUACAUUGCUACAUUUUACUAAUAAUUACACACAUUUAUUUUCUUUCAUUUACUAAACUAAGGGAAACUGUACAAAAUAAAGUGCUUAUAGUUGCCAUAUCUCGGGUUCAGCUUUUACUUAUUACACGGCUCAUGAAUCUAGUAAUCUCAGAUGUGUAGCUUUUAACUGGUGCACAACACAAGUGCUACACGUACAAGUGUUUCCUUACUGACAGACUCUGGUCCUUUAGGCCACAGCUUAUGUUUAGCCAUCUGUGAUCUAGAGAAUCAUUCAAUUAAUCAAAGUGUAGAGAAUCUGCUGAACUGUAGCCUACUAGAGCUCAUUUUGCUCUUGACUCUCGAGAACAUAUUUAUGCACAUACUUCUCUUGUCCACCAGAGGGCAGUAGUAUCUAGUCUAGUUCACUUUGGAUUUUUUAAGAGGACUAUAAUUAUACCAAAAACUGUUGUCCAAUGAGUUCUGUUAUGCUAUACAGUAUAAACAUAACUAUUAUUAUGAUUUAUUAUUCAUAACUCAGAUGAACUUCAGGUUUUAAAAUGGCAUUUCCCUCCUGUGUCCCAUUAGCCCCAAGCACUAUCUGUAAAUGAAACAUUUUCAAUCAAUAAGCAAAGGUAAUUUGAUGUAAUAUCAUGAGGCACUUUGUUGGAGACAAAGGACUCUGAAAAUGAACACUUGUACUGCUUGAUCCCUAUUUCUAGGAUCACUCAGCGGCCUGCGCUCCCAUGUCCCAUUAUGGAGAGAGGUGCUGAGAUGUUGUUUCUCUGUCUCAUCACCCUGAUGGUCCUUACCCUGCGGCCAGUGUUCUCCACCUACAACUGUUCGGCCGAGUACGAGCGCGUACCAGAAAACAACGACCUGAGUGUGGAGUGUGGGUCCAGCGUGAUCUAUCUGGAGGUGAACCUGUGCACUGCUAACUGGGCUGGGUUCGACACGACCCAGUUGGCCCUGAACGGGGAGCACAACAACACCCAAUGCCAGGGCAACAUCGACACCAGCGUCGACCCGCCAGUCAUCCGUUACCAGCUCCACGUCAACCACACUGACGAUAACCCCUGCAGACAGAGCCUACAGAUUAUGAAUGAGAUUCCAGACCAGAACAGUGCCUUUGGCCACUUCUCCAACAUCCAGUCGAUGGUGAUCACAGGGUUCAUCGACACACCAAGGUCAUCCCAGGGCAUCAUCAGCUACUCCACUGACCUGUACUACCACUUCUCCUGCCGCUAUCCCUUGGAGUACCUCAUCAACAACACACAGAUUGUAGCGUCCUCUGUUUCUGUGGCCACGAGCCAGAACAAUGGGACCUUCAUCGACACACUGCGGAUGAGCCUCUACAAUGACAGUGGGUUCGACACUCCACUGCAAGUUCCCUCUACAGGCCUUGACCUGCGGACGGACGUGUACGUGGAGGUCAAGGCCAUAAACCUCACUGGGAACUUCCACCUGUUGCUGGAUCACUGUUUCGCCACCCCGGUUACCUACAGCCAGACCAACACCGAGAAGCACGACUUCUUCAUUGGGUGUGCCGUCCAUGAUAAGACCACUAUAAUCCAAAAUGGAGCAGCGAAGAUCUCGCGGUUCUCCUUCGAGGCGUUCCGCUUUGUGGUACACCGCGAUCAGGACAGAUCCAGCAUCUAUCUACACUGCAUUCUGCGUCUGUGUGAACCCAGCAAGUGCCGGGAGAUCAUGGAUAUGUGUAACAACAGCAGCAGCAGCGGGAGCGGUCGCAGGAAGAGAGAAGUGGCGCCGUUUGGCACGGAGUCCAGCGACUCCGCCACGGUCACCAUGGGGCCUAUCUACACCAGGACUGAGGAAAGUAGCCCGGCUGCCUUGCCUUACGGUGCGGAGAAGCCGUCAGAGGAGGCUAAGACAGACGUGGCAGGGGUGGUGGUGGGGGUUAUAUUUGCCACCGCACUGCAUCUCCAUACAUUUUUUAUGCAUGAAAAACCUUAA